UCGAACACAAGGAAUCUCUUCUACAGUCUACCGCGCCCCGGUGGAACAUCAUGUCUGCUAUGAGGACAUUGACGGUAGCAGGACUGUUUUUGGCUUUUUGCGCGUUGGGACUCAUAGCAGUCGCAAUAUGUACUGACAAUUGGUACGAGACGGAUGCGAGGAGGCACAGGGAACGUUGCAAGAAUUAUUCCAACAAAAGGAAUGACCCUGGAUUCAUCUAUAUCUCCAACCAGAACCUCCCACUCCGUAUGCUACCGAAGGAGAAUAACGUGGAGAGGAAGGGGUCGAGUGGGGGAGUCCUCCUGCGGGCUAAGCGGCACUUCUUGCCCCCUGCCCCGGCCAUGGAGUCCCUCUGUAGUCGGCAGUACAACUCCACCAUCUCUGGGCUGUGGAGGAAAUGUCAUCGGGAGGGAUUCGACCUGGAGACAGAGGAUCUCAUCUUUAAAGGUUUGGUUCAGCGCUGCACACCGAUAAAAUACUACUACUCCUCUUUAGCCUUUCCCAGAAAGCUGCGCAGCAAUAUAACCAAGACUAUUCGUCAGGAUGAGUGGCAUGCGCUCCACCUGCAGAGAAUGACAGCCAGUUUCAUCGGCAUGGCCGUGUCCAUCAUCCUGUUUGGCUGGGUGAUUGGAGCUCUGGGUUGUUGUAAACAGCAUGACCUGAUGCAGUACGUAGCUGGACUCCUGUUUCUCAUGGGGGGAACAUGCUGUAUCAUCUCUCUGUGUACAUGUGUAGCAGGGAUCAACUUUGAACUGUCCCGUUAUCCUCGCUACAUGUAUGGGAUCCCAGAGGACAUCAGUCAUGGAUACGGAUGGUCCAUGUUCUGCGCAUGGGGGGGCCUAGGUCUCACCCUAUUGGCCGGCUUUCUGUGCACGCUGGCUCCUUCCCUCUACCCACCCGUACCUCACACUAUGGUAGAGAAGCUGCAACACAAGCCCCGACAUGAGAAUGGCUGUGUGUGACACCAUAUAAAUAGAAUUACUAUUUGACUUAAAUGGGAAUAUCCAUUCUAGUAAUGGGAAUGUCCGUUCUAGUAAUGGGAAUGUCCAUUCUAGUAAUCGGAAUGUGUGUUCUAGUAAUGGGAAUGUCCAUUCUAGUAAUGGGAAUGUGUGUUCUAGUAAUGGGAAUGUCCGUUCUAGUAAUGGGAAUGUCCAUUCUAGUAAUGGGAAUGUCCAUUGUAGUAAUAGGAAUGUCUGUUCUUGUAAUGGGAAUGUUCAUCUUAGUAAUGGGAAUGUCCAUUCUAGUAAUGGGAAUGUCCAUUCUAGUAAUGGGAAUGUCCGUUCUAGUAAUGGGAAUGUCCGUUCUAGUAAUGGGAAUGUCCAUCUUAGUAAUGGGAAUGUCCAUUCUAGUCAUGGGAAUGCAUCUAGUAAUGGGAAUGUCCAUUCUAGUUAUGGGAAUGUCCAUUCGGGAAUGUCUGUUCUAGUAAUUCUAUUUCUAUGUAUGGCACUCUGCCAAACCUUCAACUCCCAGUGACAGAAGUGUGUGACCGUGUCAGCGUCUGCCAGACUUUCCAGUGACAGGACUCUCAUCCCUCCUGAGUCUCUACUCCAUGCUCUGACAGUCAGUCAUCCCUUCCUCUGAAAAUAUAUGUUGAUAUGGGCUGUUCUCACUGGACUGGGGACGUUACCCAGGGACUAAGAACUAAGAUCUGUCUGACACACAGCAUUGAUUGCACAAAGAAAGAAACAGACAAAAAUACAUUGAUUCUGGCUCUCCAGCUUGAGGGGAAUAUGUUAGUGUCGGAUGAUGACAUUUUACUGAAGAGGAAUUCAAAUCUUUUUCUGGUGCUUUCUGUUCUCCUCUUCCUCCUCUUCCUCCUCCCUAACCCAAACUGUCAACAGCUACAUAAUUAUAUUUCUGUCCCAUAAUGAAUUGUUCAGUGUUUUUGCUUGUUAUUACAAGAGGAGAACAUUUACUCUCCUAAAUAUCUUCCUGUACCUUUGACUUUUGAUGCUGGUUCUACAAAAUCGAAGAAGACAGAAGAACAACUUUAAGGGUUGAAUUCUAACUUCCACUGCAGUGUUCACUUAAGGGCUCUGUUCUAUCUGGAUCGCUGAAGCGUUACAGAUUGCGCGAUAGAAAUGUAAAAUGUAAUUUCCGAUUGAGCCGACAUAUGUAGCGUUGACCAUGAAUGCAGUCGCCGCUAACGCGGGAACAUUGCCUUUAAAAUUAAAUCAAGCUGUAACGCUGAACUUCCGCGAUACAUAUUGAAUAGAGCCCUUAGUCUCCCACUGACGUCAACGCAUGGCCAAGUGAAAAUUCGACAUAUUCCCCCCUAAGACUUAAUAAAGAUGAAAAUGAGAGCAAUCAUGUACUGUAUGUACCCAUUGAAAUAAUAUGUAAAUUACAUUUUGAAAAUGUAUGCAGGUUUGCAUUUGUGCGUAUUCAAAGAAAACAUGAGCAUUAAGAUCCAAGACUGUAUUUGAUGGGAAAUGUUUUGAUGUUCUUGAAGUUUUACUGAUCAUGAUAGCCCGUCCAAUCAAGAUAUAUUGGAAAAAUAAAAUGAUGAUACAAACCGUU